AUGGCCUUGACUCUUGAUAAUAAUAGUUUAAGUGGAUCAAUUCCAACCUCCUUCUGCAAUGCUAGGCACCUUACUUAUCUUGACUUGUUUAGAAAUAAAUUGAGUGGUUCCAUACCCCCUUGCCUAUUUGAAAACAUUACGUUUCUCGAUCUGUGUCAAAACAACAUCAGCGGCCCCAUUCCAGAUAGUUUUCCUUUGCAUUGUGGUCUACAAUUUUUUGAUCUUAACAACAAUUCUUUAGAAGGAAAGAUCCCAAAGUCCAUUGAACAUUGCAAGGGGUUGAGGUACAUGAAUGUUGGCAACAACAUGAUCAAGGACACGUUCCCAUGCAGGCUAUCGUCGACCUUGAAUGUUCUUGUUUUGCACUCCAAUAGAUUCCAUGGGGAUUUAAGAUGUCACAGCAUUUGGCCAGGUCUCAAAAUUCUUGAUAUAUAUUCAAAUCAUUUUAGUGGAAGUCUGGAAUCAAUCAACUUCUCCAGUUGGACGGCUAUGGUAGUACGAUGUGAUGAAAGAUCGGCACAGGGCCCUUAUCAUCGAUUCUCGAGCUCUGGCGUCACAUUAAUCAUGAAAGGGAAAAUGGUAGAGCUUUACGAGAUUUGGUUUGAUUUUAGUACCAUUGAUUUUUCUUCCAAUAGUUUCUAUGGGAAGAUACCAAAUGCAAUUGGUGAUCUUACUUUACUCCAUCAUCUUAACUUCUCCAACAAUGCUCUCAAUGGAAGCAUACCAGAAUCGUUUGGUCGGUUGAGUAAUCUCGAAUCGCUCGACCUCUCUGUGAAUGAACUAGCAGGGCCGAUCCCAGAGGAGCUUGGAGAACUCACAUUCCUUGAAGUGUUGAAUCUUUCAUACAAUAAUCUGGUUGGAGAGAUCCCCAAAGGCCGUCAAAUGCAAACAUUUUCAGUUGAGUCCUUUGAAGGAAAUCCAGGGCUUUGUGAUUUCCCUCUCAGCUCAAGUUGCAGUCCUCGUGAUGACAACCACAGUGGCUUAUCAACACGAGAACAUGAUGAUUUGGAAGAGAAGAGGGAGAUUGAGUGGGAAUAUGUAUGUGCUGCAAUCGGAUAUGUUGUGGGAUUUGGAGGCAUUGUGUGGCCACUUUUAUUCUGUCGAAGCUUCAGAGAGAAAUACUACAGCAAAUAG